ACUGAGACAGCAUUUGGUUCAUUCCAGAGGAUGGUAGCAAUUCAGCCUCUUUUUGUGAGAUCAGAAUGCUGAGGAACAUAGUUGGUGCUCAGCAAAAUGAGCGUGCCCCUGUGCAAGGUGACAGAAGAUGACUUCAGUGAGAGUGAGUUCCUGGUGCAAGUGCAAUGAAUUCCAGUUAACAGUGGAUCAUGGAGGGCUUCUGCAAAGAGAGGGUGAUUGCAAAAGAGUGAAGAGAAGUUCACAGUGUUGACAAGCCUCAUGUGGCUGUGAGAAUCAGAGGAGUUGAAAGAGACCUCUGGAGAUCAGCUAGUUCAACCUCCUGCUGAGUCAGAUUCCCUAGAAUACCUUGCACAGUUUCUGAAAGUAUCCAGGCGGAUUUUGAAUUCUUCCACAGAAGACUCCACAACCUUUCUGGGCAGCUUGUUCCAGUGCUUUGUCACCCUCAAAGUACCUCCUGCAGGAAGCUAAAGGAAGAACAGAAGUAGGAAGCACCAUGUCUUCAGUCUCAGCUUAUUACAAUGGAAAGACUGUACUUAUCACAGGAGCUACAGGUUUCAUGGGCAAAGUGCUGGUGGAAAAGCUUCUGCGCUCCAGCCCUGAUGUAAAAGCAGUUUAUAUACUGGUAAGACCAAAAGCUGGACAGUCAAUGCAAGAGAGAGUGGCCAACAUGUUGAAAUGCAAGGUCUUUGACAGGGUUCGAGAAGAUUGCCCUAAUUUCCAUGAGAAGAUUAAGCCUAUUAAUGCUGAACUCACUCAGCCCAAGUUGGCCAUCAGUGCUGAAGAUGAGGAGGAGCUUCUGACCCGGGUCAAUAUUGUCUUCCACUGUGCAGCAACAGUACGCUUUGAUGAACCCCUGAAGCAUGCCUUGCAACUGAAUGCAAUGGGCACACAGAGGCUUCUAGAACUGGCCCAGCAGAUGCAGAAGUUGGAAGCAUUCAUCCACAUCUCCACUGCCUAUGCAAACUGUGUGCGGAAAUGCAUAGAUGAAAUCAUCUACCCACCUCCAGCUGAACCCAAGAAGCUUUUUGAUUUAGUAGAGUGGUUGGAUGAAUCUAUCAUUCAAGACAUCACACCCAAGCUUCUUGGGGACUGGCCCAACACUUAUACCUACACCAAAGCCUUGUCUGAGUACCUAAUUCAGCAAGAGAAAGGAAAUUUGAACAUCGCUAUCAUUAGGCCGUCCAUCGUGGGAGCUAGUUGGCACGAGCCUUUUCCAGGUUGGAUUGACAGCUUCAAUGGGACCAGUGGAAUAUUUGUUGCGGCGGGAAAGGGGAUUCUAAGGACCGUCAUUGCUAACAACGAAGCGGUGGCUGAUAUGAUUCCAGUUGACGUUGUCAUCAACCUCACCCUUGCAGCUGGGUGGUAUACUGCUGUGCACAGACCAAAAAACAUGUUGGUGUACAACUGUACAACAGGCGGAAUCAAUCCUUUCUUCUGGGGAGAAAUGGAGCAGUAUGUCAUGUCCACAUUCAAAAGAAACCCACUGGAACAGGCCUUCAGAACACCCAACGCUCACUUGACAUCCAACUACUUAAUAAACCAGUACUGGAUAACUGUUAGUCACAAGGCUCCUGCCAUACUCUACGACCUGUACAUGAGGCUCACAGGAAGAAAGCCCAGAAUGAUGAAGAUUAUCAAUCGACUACACAAGUCUAUGAUGCUCUUGCAGUAUUUCUCCACCCAGUCCUGGGAUUGGUCUUCAGAUAAUAUGAACAUGUUAAUGAGUCAGCUUAACACAGAGGACAAAAAGUUAUACAACUUCGAUGUUCGUCAGCUGCAUUGGUCAGAAUACAUUGAAAGCUAUUGCUUAGGUGCUAAGAAGUAUUUGCUAAAUGAGGACAUGUCUGGCAUCCCUGCAGCAAAGCAGCACUUACGAAAACUGAGGAAUAUCCGGUAUGCAUUUAACACCACCCUCCUCGUGAUCAUCUGGCGCAUUUUCAUCGCAAGGUCACAGAUGGCUCGAAACAUCUGGUACUUUGUGGUGAGCCUCUGCUACAAGUUCCUUUCCUACUUCAGGGCAUCCAGCACACUCAGGCACUGAAGCUGUCCAUCAACAACCAGCCUCUUCCAGAAGGACCUCCAAUCCCCUCUAACCAGCAACUACGGGCAUCGGAAUCUGAAAGUAGCAGAAAAAUUCACUCCCUCCAACUGCAACCUGCAUUUAUUGUGCACUGAUAUGUGUUCACUUUUUUAGUUUUAACCAAUGCUGUAAUACAUGGUGGUAUUUAUUCCAUAGGACCAGACUGAUUUUUAAAACCAUAAAGCUUUAGGAAGAGAUGAAGAUGGAAUCUUUUAUUGAAAGUUCAUUGUGCAAGAGUAAAGAUUAACCAAAUUAGCAGUCUUCCCAUGUACUACCAAUUUUAGACUAUUUUAAUCCCAUCCUCCUCCAUAAAAGAGGCAGAUUUAAAGCACAGAACCUUGGAAGAAAAAAUACCAUCAGAGAAGAACCAGUCAAGGAAAUUAAACUUUAAGAGGUCUUCCUAAGAGGCUAUUUAUUCCUUUAUUCUCAAACAGAAAUUUUACAUUUUCCAUUUUUCAAAACCUAGAGGGGAAAACCAUCAGUUACACUAGGCCAGUGAACACACUGAACAGUUUUCAGAUCUUGUCUUAUAAUCCUACUGAGGACUGAUACUUUCAAGCCAUAACUGAAGACACAAAGAGAAUUUAUGUACCUAUGCUAACUGUACUCACUCACAUGCUGCUUUGUUAUGGAGAGGCGUUUUUUCUCUCACUGAUUAAGGAUGCAGUUACCUUCCAUUAAACAGCCUUGUUCUUGCAUUUAUCACUUUUGCUUGGCACAUUUCUUCAGCUUGAAAAAUUCUCUAUUUACUCUGAGGAUAAAGAGAAGAAUACCUAAAAAAUUGAAGGAAAAUUCUGAAACUCAUUAUUAUUUUUGAGAAGUAAGUCCUUUCCUCCAUUCCAUUUGCCUCCCUGUAGCUCAAAAACAAACUGAUACUGUCCUUCAGAAUCUCACUACAGCUAAAUCACUUCACAGUUGAUCACUUCAGCUGGUGAAAAAUAUGUACAGACAUGUAUGGGGGGAAUCUUAUCAAUCAGGACAAUUCUGCUACCACUUGUCAGGAGAGUCUGAAACUUAUUUCUGUUGAGGUUAAGAAAGGUUUCAAAGGUUGACUUCUGUGUAAAAAUCAUCAUGUGCUCUGAAAAUAAUGUUUUGUCCUACUUUGCAGCUUAGAAAGGAAUUCAAGGAUCUUAUUAAAGCUCAUGGCUAUUGGAGAUAUUUGUUUCACCUAGUGAACUAUGAAUUCCUCUGGGAAAGAUUGGAGAAAGAGAAAGAGCGUUCUUCAAAGUAGCUGGUGCAAUGACAGUUUUAGUGCAACAAAUUUACUCAUGCCAUCAGAUUUUCAAAAUCAAAAGUAAUACUGGAAUGCAUUUUAUUCAGAUUACACUGAAUAAGUAUGGUAAGAUUAUGAGACUUCAAAACAGUUAGUUUUUGAAACAAUUGCAGCAUCCAGAUUGCCUAGACUUGUGUCACAUUAGCUGACUUAAUGCUACAUCUCAUAAAAUGACAUAGUGGCUCUUUUGAGAGCUGAGAAUAGUAUUUACAAAACUGUCAUUCUUUAAAAGGUUUUGGUAGCAAAGGCAGGAGCAAGUUAUGAUGACAGUGUAUUUUUAUUUGAGCAUCCAAGCUGAUUCAGAAGUCUUUGUAAAGAUGCAAGGAAUUACAAGAGAAGAUAUGCUUGUAUGCCCCAUGGGUCUAAUUUUAAGCAACUGCCAAAUGAUGCCUGCAGCAUGCCCUAACCAGAAACCUGGUAUCCAAAAUGGCAGGACUCCAGCAAUCCUAGCAAAGGCCCCUAUUACAUUCCUUCUGAUCUGUGUUCAAUUACAUUAAGCACACAGCUUACAAAGAUACCAUUUUUUUAAGCUCUUGACUUGAAAACAUACUUUCAAAAUGAAACUGUUAGCUAUCUGUUUUUCAAUGCCAGAAAGUUGGCAGUGCAUUUUAUGCAUUAUGCUAAUGUAAGAUGUCAUUGCCUAGAAGAUCAGGUUUACAAGCUGGGGUCCAGAUACCUUAUGCACGCUCCUUCUGUAGCAGCUUAUAUGGUGAAGGUCAGAUGCAUUGUACUUGACUAACUGAGACUAUGGUUACCUUAGUAGAGCGAAGCAGGUCACUACAGGAAUACCUCUAGAAAGACUGCAUUCCCUCAAGUAAAUAAUCAGAUCAUCAGCCAGCUUCCAGUCUAAUUAUAUGAAAGGCUUAAAACAGAACAAAACAAAACUGCAGACUGUUUUGAAACAAACUUCAUUUUUAAAAAAAAGUAAGAAUUCUUGCUCAUCUCCAAGAAAUCUUUUUAAGUGCCUGACAUACAUAUCAAGAGAAGCAACAGCUAAGGGGAUCAUAGAUCUUAAGCUGCAGACAUUGUAAGAAAAGUACUGAGUCUCACAAAAAAGUCAAAUACUACAGAUGUGCUACACCUACAACAGAUGACUGAUGUAGACCAGACAUGAUAUUGUUGGGCUAUGAGUACAAUUUCCUGCUUUCCCAUCACUAAUGCUAGUCAUGCCAUGCAUCCUUCAGAUAUGCCUGUAGGCAUUCAUAGUUAUUUGCAUAGGCUGUAUUGUUCCAACAAGUCUAAUAUGUAACUGCUCACUAUGAGUACGUUUGGACCAGGUUUCUCCACGUGUAAAAGAACACUUCAGGCUUCACUCAGAACAUUGGUGGUAUCACAUUCUAAAUCUUCAGGAUUCUGCUGAAGAUAUCACACUGCAAAGCUACUGCUCAUCCUUGAAAAACAGCUGGAAUGUGACAGAAAUAUAGCAAUUGCUGUAUGCUAUUCUGGAGACCUUUCAUAGCUAUGUAAUGUUGCCAGAAGCUGGUUCCAGUGCUCUGGUCUUGCCUAUGGGGGAGAUCCAGCUGUUAGCUUGUCUUAACACAGACAUAAACACAUGUGAAACUUGAAUCUUUUUCCUGUAGCUUGAAACAUUUUCAAGUGAUUGUCUGAACCACAACAUAGAAAAAUGAUAGAGAAAUCCCAGCGGAGAAAUUGGCACGUGGCAGUGGCAUUUGUCUGCCAUUUCUGACAGUAAUCAUGAAAAGCUACACCUAGCAAAAGAAUUUGUUCUCACCUCAAGUAGUGACUUACCUUUGACACGUUUUACUUGUACUUCUCAGUGUACUUACAUAUACUCUGAAGAAAUCCAAGUCUUGCAGAGAAUAUAUAAAAUGCCAAUUGACAACUUUUUUUCUUUUCUUAUUCCAUGUCUCUCUCUCAUGUAUACUCACAAUCUUUUCUCAAAAGAAAAGCAAGCUAGGGCUCUUGUUCAGUUAAAUCAGAGGUCCUGCGUUGACCUCUGAUUUGUGCACAAAUUAAUGUGAACAGAUCAGGAAUGGAUACUACUCAUGGCUGAAGGCCAGAGGUUUUACUACCUGUAUGACUGAAAAAGGACCCACUCAGGCUUUUAAUUUUUUUUCCCUCUAUCAAGGUAGCAUGAUCAGUGAUAUAGGGAGAAGCUACAAGGGGCAUUUCUACAGCCUGUGCUCACAGCAGAAGGAUUGCUAGAUAUGGUGCAUCCUGCUCAGUGAGGAAAGAAAUCAGAGAAGCAUGAGCUGCCAAACCUAGAGGACUCUGCCUCCCAAUGGGCAGGGGAAGAUCCAUCAGCCUUUUGUGAUCAGUUUGGUUUCUUCUCAUAAGAUGGAUAAACUAAAAGACUCCCUAACAACCUGUUCAGUUCUUUCCCCAGAAACCAACAGACAGCAUAACGAACUGUAUUAGCAGCCAUCCUGCAGAGCCACAAAGAAAAAAAUCGGCCACAAGACUGUAUAAUGAGAUGAAUCAUCUAUGACUGUUUGUACUCUAUGAACCUGCAAUGUAGCUACUCACUCACAGUGCUGGAAGCCUUCAGUGCUGCUUUCAUAGCUAUGUAAUGUUGCCAGAAGCUGGUUCCAGUGCUCUGGUCUUGCCUAUGGGGGAGAUCCAGCUGUUAGCUUGUCUUAACACAGACAUAAACACAUGUGAAACUUGAAUCUUUUUCCUGUAGCUUGAAACAUUUUCAAGUGAUUGUCUGAACCACAACAUAGAAAAAUGAUAGAGAAAUCCCAGCGGAGAAAUUGGCACGUGGCAGUGGCAUUUGUCUGCCAUUUCUGACAGUAAUCAUGAAAAGCUACACCUAGCAAAAGAAUUUGUUCUCACCUCAAGUAGUGACUUACCUUUGACACGUUUUACUUGUACUUCUCAGUGUACUUACAUAUACUCUGAAGAAAUCCAAGUCUUGCAGAGAAUAUAUAAAAUGCCAAUUGACAACUUUUUUUCUUUUCUUAUUCCAUGUCUCUCUCUCAUGUAUACUCACAAUCUUUUCUCAAAAGAAAAGCAAGCUAGGGCUCUUGUUCAGUUAAAUCAGAGGUCCUGCGUUGACCUCUGAUUUGUGCACAAAUUAAUGUGAACAGAUCAGGAAUGGAUACUACUCAUGGCUGAAGGCCAGAGGUUUUACUACCUGUAUGACUGAAAAAGGACCCACUCAGGCUUUUAAUUUUUUUUCCCUCUAUCAAGGUAGCAUGAUCAGUGAUAUAGGGAGAAGCUACAAGGGGCAUUUCUACAGCCUGUGCUCACAGCAGAAGGAUUGCUAGAUAUGGUGCAUCCUGCUCAGUGAGGAAAGAAAUCAGAGAAGCAUGAGCUGCCAAACCUAGAGGACUCUGCCUCCCAAUGGGCAGGGGAAGAUCCAUCAGCCUUUUGUGAUCAGUUUGGUUUCUUCUCAUAAGAUGGAUAAACUAAAAGACUCCCUAACAACCUGUUCAGUUCUUUCCCCAGAAACCAACAGACAGCAUAACGAACUGUAUUAGCAGCCAUCCUGCAGAGCCACAAAAGAAAAAAAUCGGCCACAAGACUGUAUAAUGAGAUGAAUCAUCUAUGACUGUUUGUACUCUAUGAACCUGCAAUGUAGCUACUCACUCACAGUGCUGGAAGCCUUCAGUGCUGCUUUCAUAGCUAUGUAAUGUUGCCAGAAGCUGGUUCCAGUGCUCUGGUCUUGCCUAUGGGGGAGAUCCAGCUGUUAGCUUGUCUUAACACAGACAUAAACACAUGUGAAACAGACAGAAACAGCAUGUAUGACUGCUGAGUCCAGUGUACUCAUGUUCUGUGUGUAGACAUUCUCCAUGUAAACACUGUUCUGUAGGCUAUAGCUGUUUGAAAAUAUCAUUUUAUUGUCAAAGAACAAUGAGUACAAACUUGCAAUUAAGAAGUAUCUCUGCUUUUUCUUAAAUUGCUGUAACAACAAAAAAUCCUUAAAUGAAUCAGAGUUGAAACUGCUAUUUGACUGACAACCAAGGCUGUUUAUCUCCAGCAUGUCUGCUAUAAAGAAUAAAAUUUCUCUCCUCUAUCCUUCUUUACCCCGAUAACUUUAUUAAGAAAACUACAUUAUUUCUUUUUAGAAGAAAUGGGUAACAGACAUACUGACAUUCAACUUAAUGUUGGCACAUUGCCCACCUCCUCAAUGGAUGUUUGUUAUUUUACAUUUUACAAGAAAACAUCAUUAUAGCUGUAUGUGUGCAUGUUUACAUCUUUCCACACAAGUCUUCUCAUACAACACACAGAGAGGGUAAUAUAGAGGUGUUUAUACUGAAAUGACAGGCCUCCCUUCUUUGAUAUGCUCUAUUCUAAAUCAGUUUAAGAUUAAGCAAGAAAACCUAUCCGUUUCAAAUGUAAAGAAAAUCUAACUUGUAGUACUAUUAAAUAAUCAAAUAAUUAU